AUGGGAUUAAAGCUUAAUAAAUCGUCAAUUGGAAUACCUCAAAAAUGUAUAAAAUUGGCAUGCGAAUAUAUUAGCGAAACACUGACGACAAUAUUUAACCAAUGUUUGCUUCAAGGUAUUGUCCCUGAUAUUUUAAAAAUAUCUAAAGUAACACCUGUUGAUAAAGGCGGAGAGAUCACUGACCCUGCAAAUUUUCGUCCAAUAUCAACGCCAUCGACUAUAGCACAAAUAUUUGAAAAAUUAAUAUAUAAACAACUUAUCCGAUAUAUUGAAAAGAAAGAUAUUCUUUUUCAAUUUCAAUUUGGUUUUCGGAAAGGUCGUUCUACUGCCCAAGCAAUAACCGAAAUUACCGAAAACCUUAGAAAAGCCAUAGACAAUAAAUUGUAUACUUGUGGAGUGUUUCUUGAUUUUUCCAAAGCUUUUGACACUGUAAAAUUAAUCAUGAGAUACUCAUCACUAAGUUAG